AUGACGUCGGCGCCGGAACCUGGAAUCCCGGCUGCGGCAGGGAAGGGCGGGAGGCGGCGGCGGCUGCCGGAGCAGGUCUCUGGCGGUCUCUCGGGGGCGCGGGGCGCAGUCAUGAGCGAGUCCAGUAUCAGUGCGCUCCCGCCCGGCAGGCCCAGCAGGCAGCCCUUCAUCCACCAAGAGAGCCUCUCUUUGGACUCCAGUUGCUUUUCUUCUCCACCUGUGAAUUUCCUUCAAGAAUUGCCAAGUUACCGCUCCAUUGCUCGUAAGAGGACAACCAUCCUUUCCCGGGACAAGCAAAGUGGCACUUUGCUGAAGCCAACAGACUCUUACAGUUUCCAGCUGGAGGGAGAAAUCACAGAAGACCUUGAUAACCAAUCCAUCCGAAAAUAUGCACUGAACAUUUCUGAGAAGCGGAGACUAAGGGACAUUCAAGAGACCCAAAUGAAGUACCUGUCUGAGUGGGACCAGUGGAAACGGUAUAGCAGCAAGUCUUGGAAGAGGUUCAUAGAGAAGGCUCGCGAGAUGACGACCCACCUGGAGCUGUGGCGGGAGGACAUUCGCAGCAUAGAAGGGAAAUUUGGCACUGGGAUUCAGUCCUACUUCUCCUUCUUACGAUUUCUGGUGUUGCUGAAUUUGGUGAUAUUUCUGAUCAUCUUUUUGGUGGUUUUGCUCCCAGUCUUGCUCACCAGAUACAAGAUCACCAACAGCAGCUUUAUUCUCAUUCCAUCUCAAGACGUGGAUAUUCAAUGCACAGUGUAUCCAAUAAGUAGUUCUGGACUCAUUUACUUUUACAGUUAUAUCAUAGACUUACUUUCUGGCACUGGUUUCCUGGAGGAUACCUACCUCUUUUAUGGACAUUACACCAUUGAUGGGGUGAAAUUUCAGAAUUUCACCUAUGAUCUGCCUCUAGCUUAUUUGUUAAGCACCAUUGCCUACCUGGCUCUGAGCCUUGUUUGGAUAGUGAAAAGGUCGGUGGAAGGGUUCAAAAUCAACCUGAUCCGGAGUGAGGAGCACUUCCAGAGUUACUGCAACAAGAUCUUUGCCGGCUGGGACUUCUGCAUCACCAACCGCAGCAUGGCGGACCUGAAGCACAGCAGCCUGCGCUAUGAGCUCCGGGCAGAUCUGGAGGAGGAAAGAAUACGGCAAAAAAUAGCAGAAAGGACCUCGGAAGAAACGAUACGAAUUUACUCCUUGAGACUAUUUUUGAACUGUAUUGUGCUGGCCGUUUUAGCAGCAUGCUUUUAUGCAAUCUAUAAAGCGACUAUAUUCUCUCAAGAACACAUGAAAAAAGAAAUUGACAAGAUGGUUUUUGGAGAGAACCUGUUGAUUCUGUACUUGCCUUCCAUUGUGAUCACACUGGCCAAUUUUAUCACCCCGAUAAUCUUUGCCAAGAUCAUCCACUAUGAGGAUUAUUCCCCAGGCUUUGAGAUCCGGCUGACAAUCCUUAGGUGCGUCUUCAUGCGGCUGGCCACCAUCUGUGUGCUGGUGUUCACCCUGGGCUCCAAGAUUACAUCCUGUGACAACUACUUGUGUGAGCUCUGUGGCUACAACCAGAAACUCUACCCGUGCUGGGAGACCCAAGUUGGGCAGGAAAUGUACAAGCUGAUGAUCUUUGACCUCAUCAUCAUCCUGGCUGUGACACUUUUUGUGGAUUUUCCUAGAAAGAUCCUGGUGACCUACUGUUCCUCCUGGAAGCUUUUUCGGUGCUGGGGAGAGCAGGAGUUUGCCAUCCCUGAUAAUGUUCUGGGGAUUGUUUACGGGCAAACUAUUUGCUGGAUCGGAGCCUUUUUCUCACCCCUUCUUCCUGCAAUUGCAACCUUAAAGUUCAUUAUCAUCUUUUACGUGAAAGAGAUAAGUCUUCUUUACACCUGCAGACCCUCUCCGAGGCAGUUCAGAGCAUCCAAUUCUAAUUUCUUCUUCCUGUUGGUGUUGCUGAUUGGACUGUGCUUGGCAAUUAUACCUCUGACAAUCAGCAUGGCACGCAUCCCUUCCUCCAAAGCCUGUGGGCCGUUCACCAACUUCAACACCACCUGGGAAGUGGUCCCCAAGACAGUGAGCACCUUCCCCAACUCGCUGCAGACGCUGGUUUAUGGCAUCACUUCGGAAGCCUUCGCAGUGCCUUUUUUCAUGAUCAUCUGCCUCGUUAUGUUUUACUUCAUCGCCCUAGCCGGAGCGCACAAGCGGGUGGUCGUCCAGCUCCGAGAGCAGCUGAACCUGGAAAGUCGUGACAAGCGUUAUCUAAUCCAGAAACUCACAGAAGCCCAGAGGGAUCUGAGGAACCGGCUAGACUGA